CCCCCGUAUAGCGAAGUUCCUGUUCAGGGCCCGUAGUGUGACCCUAGCUCUCCUGGCAGCAACGCAUGUGAAUAGGGCAGACUAUGAUUUCCUCGUCGCACCACUGCCAAUAGCUUUGAAGUCCUCCAAUUCGGCCUCUUCGUGUAGAUAUCUGCUUCUGAAAGACCGACAGCUCUCCUUCGCCGCCUUCCUUUCGUUCGCGCCUCCUUCCUGACGCAAUGGCUUCCGCUCUGGCCUCCUCCCGGUGCGUCUCCUCCGUGGCUGGCCUUGCUGCCGUCAGCAAGUCCGCUGCCAUGACCACCCCCCGGGUGGUCGCCCCCCGCGCAGUUCUCCCCAGCUUCAAGAAGAUUGCCCAGACCGCGGGUGUGUCAGUUGCCACUCUUGCCGUUGCUUUCAGCGCCAACGCUGCUAACAUUAAGAUGGGAGGAGACGGUGGCGAGCUUGCUUUCAUCCCUAGCUCUGUAACUGUGUCUGCUGGCGAGACCAUCACUUUCACGAACAAUGCUGGGUUCCCCCACAACAUCGUGUUUGACGAGGAUGCCGUCCCUGCUGGUGUGGACGCCGGUGCCAUCUCUCACGAUGACCUCAUCAACGCCAAGGGUGAUGUCGUGACCGUCACCUUGAACAAGGCUGGCGAGUAUGAGUACUACUGCGAGCCUCACCAGGGUGCGGGCAUGACUGGCAAGAUCAUUGUGAGCUAAACGAGUUGUAAUAUUGAGCAAGGUCAAAUUUUUAGGGUUAGGUAGUCAUUCUUACGGGUUGCUGAAAGGACCAAGAGAAGGCGCGACACAUGUAAAUUGUUCUUAACGAAGUUCUGCUCGCCAAAUGCCAUUGCCUCGGUGCCCAUCUUUCAGCAUGCAGCCUAUUCAAUGCAGAGUGACCCUUUUGUUGUCACUUCUGGUGGGUGUUUGCUACGCCACGCGUCUUGUUUGUUGCUUGACAACAGACACGUAUGAAACGGAGGGUCAGCUGAUGACACAUUUUCUGCACUGACGUUGAAUCUCACUCAACACUCAACCCAUGUGGCUUCUGGUAAAAUCAUCCAAGUGAAAAGAUCCUUAGCAAAAGGUACUGCCAAACCACAUGUGGACCUCAUCGGGAUAAACAGACGCGCUCCAUAGUCGCUAGUAGUCGAAUGCUGAUGCAUCUGUUGACCCAAGCCUUCUUAAUUAAUCAUUGCUUGCAACA